UAUUUUUAAUUGUUGUAUAAAACAAUGCCCGGAUGUUAGUCGUCAUCAUUCUUCUGCAGACCUGACGACACUGAGGUUUCCCGAUUGUUCUGAAAGGAAUUUUCCGGAAAACUAUGUUGUUGAAUAACUAUUUCUAUUUUAUUCAAGCGUUUUUCUUGUACGGUGUUAAACAUUGCUUUACUAUCAGUGAUGAAUCUAAAACUGUACCGGCGGAGAAAUUUCAAGGAAUAACUCCUUCAUUUGAUACAUCGGAAACACUACCACCACACGAUGAAAAUAUGGAAGUAUCUCCGGUCGAAGGUUCACUUAGUACAUUGCCAACAGGAAUGGUGAUAGGAUUAUGGCCAACUGGAAACACACUGGAGACAGUACCAACUGGAAACACACUGGAUAUAUUGCCAACUGGGGAUACACUGAGAACAUUGCCAACCGGGGAUACAAUGGUGACAGUGCAAACUGGGGAUACACUGCGGACAUUGCCAACAGGAAACACACUCGGGACACUGUCAACGGGGAAUAUACUGGGGACAUUUCCAACUGAAGGUACACUUGGUUCAACUAGAAGAACACAAGGCACAUUACCAGAGAACAUAGAAAUGACACCGAAGUCCAUUCCGACUGGAGGAACAACACUUGGAUUAUUACUAACUGGAGUAACUUCGGCAACAAAACCAACAAGAUAUAAUACAGAUGAUUUAUCUCCCGGAAAAUCAACUAAGACGAUGUCGACUAUACAACAGCUUUCCACACCAAGUUUAACAGAAAAUAUUGAACAAUCGACAUCAGAUUUUUCUUUUACUUUACCUCCUUUACCUCCUUUACCUUCUUUUACUUUACCUCCUCGGCCUGUUGAUAAUAUAUUUGUCCCUGACUUUGAUCUAACCUUUUCUAAUUUGUCAGAUAUUCUUAAAGAGAAUGGCGAUCUGAUCGAGUCGUACGCUAUUGAGUUAAAUUCACUUUGUCCGCACAAUUCAUUUAUUUGCAAUAACAAGAUUACCAGCUUGGCAACAUCAACCUCAAUCUCAAACUGUUGUGUGAGCUGUUCGUGUUCCGACUACUGUCAAUUAGAGAACACGUGCUGUCCUUCAAAGACGAGUGAAAUUGCUCGGUAUGAAAAUUCUACAUAUUUUACAUCCUUAUUUUGUCAAUCAACUUAUAAAUUACUGACGGAAGACACAGCGUUUCAGUUGUAUCUCAAGAGAUAUAAACAUUACAAUGGUUAUUAUUUCGUGAGUUCAUGUCCGGCUUCGGCUUCCGAGGACAAUAGGUUUCUUUGUGAAGAUAUGACCACAUCAGACGUGUACUCCGUCAUAGACAGUGUUCCCGUGACGGACAUUUAUACAAAUGUACAUUUUGCAAACGGGUUUUGUGCCGCGUGCCAUAAUAUUGCUCAGGAGCGUACUCGACCAUGGGAUAUUGCAGUUAGUUGCUUGAAUGAUGACACUGUUUUGGAAGAUGAUAUAGAAAAUUUUGUGAGACGAACUCCUGACUGUUUCAUAAGAUAUGUACCUCCAGAGGGUGUAUCAAAUUCAACCCUUGUUUUCUGUCAGCCUGUCAUAGGUAGAUGUAACACUUCCGGUACAUGGAAAACUUACGACGCAAAGGUCGAGUCGUUGUGCCACGACGCGAGGCUGGAGCAAAUUUACAUUGUCAACAUAGAUUUUGUAGAAUACUCUUUCAAGAAUGUUUUCUGUGCUAUCUGUAAUGGUAGAGAUGCUGAUCAUAUAAAUAACUGUAUGCCUGUAAUCGUUGGACCACUCAAUCCUACAGACCUUCACGCACUUCUUACCUUCAGUGGAGAAAACGUCGCCGGGAUGGGCUUUAACAAGAAAUAUUGUCCCGUUGGAACGGUUUAUAUACCAGUCCUGGAAUCAUGUAAGAGUGUACACUGCACGUCUCCAUAUGUGGUCGAUAUUCUACGUAACACGUGCGUUCUACGGUCGUUGGUAUCUCAAUCUGUAAGUGUACACAUACCUAUCUUGGUCAGUCUAAACCAAAGUAUUCCGCUCUUCAAUUAUGGAGAGUUACAUAAUGACGUCACCAGUAUACUAGCUGCUCUGUAUACGACGUCAUGUAUAAGUGACGUCUUUUUUGUCGAUGAAUUAGACACUACCUACACACCUGACAUGACCAGUGAUUCGCUCCUAACUACACGCGUGCAAGCUCUUUAUAUUUCUUUGCACGUGAUAGAAUCCACGCCACAUCUCAACUACGAUGAAUAUGUAGCAACCGUCAAUACAGAACACAAUCAAGUCAUCCAUGAUUUAAAUGUUUUGAUGAAAUUUAGCUACCGCCAGCUACCGCCAGCUGGAUCCAUUAUAUGUAAAUCGGCAAACCUAUAUCGACAGUGA